UUUUUUGACAAUUCUAGCUAUGGAUGGCUUCUUCUCUCUCAGCUCCUCCUCCUCCUGCCCCCACUUGUAUCAUUUCCCCAGCCAUUUCACCAACACAACUGUGUUUAACCACACCAGCAUCACUGACACUGGCCAUCUGAUUCUGCAGCACUACAACUACACUGGCCGCUUAAAGAAGAGGACCAUGUCAAGCGACCAGAGCCACGUGGAUGCUACCACAGUCAUCUCCCUCUUCAUCAGUGUCUUCAUCAUCAUGGAGAACCUCCUGGUGUUGGUCGCUGUUCUCACUGUUCUUUCCCGUAAACGUCGCAACUGGUGCUGGGUGUAUAUCUGUAUUGCUAACAUAACCCUCAGUGACCUCCUCACCGGCGUUGCCUAUGUGGUCAACAUCUGUAUGUCUGGCGCCCAGACGUUCAGCCUCAGCCCUGAGCUCUGGCUUUUCAGGGAAGGUAUGCUCUUUGUGGCCCUGGCAGCGUCCAUAUUCAGUUUGUUGCUGAUUGCCAUGGAGCGUUACACCACCAUGAUAAAGCUGCUGCCCCAGAAGUCAGCCAAAAAAACCUAUUAUCGAAUCUAUGGCUUGGUAGCGCUCUGUUGGCUCCUGGCACUGGUGAUUGGCUUCCUUCCUUUGCUUGGAUGGAACUGUGUGUGCAGCCUGGAGACGUGCUCCACCCUCCUGCCUCUCUACUCCAAGAGCUACAUCCUUUUCUCCCUCAUAAUCUUCUUCAUCAUCCUUCUGGCUAUCGGGGUGCUGUAUGGCGCCAUCUACUGCCACGUGCACGACAGCCAGGAGCUUGGGUCCCAGCGCAGCCGCAAGCGCUCCCUGGCGCUCCUCAGAACCGUGAUCUCCAUCGUAGGAGUUUUCAUGGUCUGCUGGGGACCUCUAUUCCUCCUCCUGCUGGUGGACUUUUUCUGCACCUCUCGUCAAUGCGGGCCCCUUUUCAGCGCCGACUGGUUCAUUUCCCUGGCGGUCCUUAACUCCGGCAUGAACCCCGUCAUCUACACGCUGGGCAGCAGCGAGCUGAGGAAGGCCAUCACCAAGCUCCUGUGCUGCUUCUGCCUGAAGGUGGGCCUGUGUCACCCAGACGCCUUCCGGUCCAGGGACAGCAACAGCACAUCAGAGAGCCGGAGGGACAGUCUGAGGACCAGCUUUAACAAGGUCAGGAGUCUGAGCGUGGCUACCCCGCCAUCAACGCCACGUAAGGCGCGCAAGAAAAACAGGCUGAGCUCCACCACCAGCUGCCUAUCGGUUUCAAGCGAUUAGACCACAGCAACGUCUCCACCCAAGCGAGCGGAGGUUGAGGUCGAUGGUACACAACUGACAGUUUACUCUGACUUUCGGAUUGACUAGUUCAUGCGCUGCCGUCUUA